AAAUGACAAAAAUGUGAGCAGCUCAACUUCCAAUGCUACAAAAAUGGCUGUAUCGGGUGAAGGAGCGAUUCUCAUCAGAAGAUGCUCUUGAGCGCAGUGUUAUUGCAUCACUUGAUGCUGUUCCAUUGGAGUUGAUACAACGCUUCGCCAUGCGGUCCACAAGAUUUAUCGAUGCUUAUCAUAAUGGCCUCAAUGGCGCACAGGCUGCAUGGGCAAUAAAAAAAUUUCGUGGUCAUCAUGUUCUCCCCACAAUCAAUUAUGGACGAGUUUCAUCAUCUCCCAUCAACAAAUUAGUAUUCCACUGUUCUGAAACUCUUUGUUAUUAUACAACCUCUUAAUCUACCUUAAUUUCACCAUGCCAAA